AUGGUCCCUUCUCUCGUGGACAGAGCCGUGCGUGGAGCUGGCGGACUUGGUUUGGGAUGGAUUCUCGCCUUUUCCAUCGGUGGUGCAAUUCUCUUUUUUGCUGCGAUCGGUUUCUUUCUCAUAUGGUGUGUCAAGUCUCGAGCCAGAAAGGAUUCAACAACAGUAUAUCAAGUGUCCGAAAAUAUCGAAGACCAUCGACGAUCAAUCUUUACAAAACGACUCGUCAAGCGCAAACACGCCAUGGCGAGAUCUGUUAGUCGACUAUCACUCUCACUACCGCCAGUGCUCCCACCCCUUCCAACAUACAACAGCUUCACCUUUUUUGGUGGAAAUGGAAAGAAAGGCCGGUCGAAUAGUUGGGUCGAGGAAGACAAGUUCCAUGGGCCAAGGGUUAGCAGGAGUCGUCGCGAUAGUCUGUUCAGCAGGGAUGGAUGGCUCGGAAGAGCACCGACAAUCCCAACUCUUAUGACAGAUGACGAGUUAGAAAAGGCACAGGAGAGUCAAGAGCUUGAUCACGACAUCAGUGUGCACAAGCGACAAAGCCUGGAACGGAGUAAGACCGCUCCUGAUCUGCCUCUGCAGCAGGAACAUAUACAAACCAGUCCUGUGCGAGCCCCAUCAAGGGCUCGUGUACGGGCUUCGGUGACAGAUACGGACCUCCGCGAUAUCCUUCGAAGUACAGAACAGCGACUUCGAGAGGGGUCAAGUCGAUCUCCCAGCAAGAACUCUCGAAGUUCGCCAACAAAACGAUCACCACAUAAGAUCUCAUCGCUGAGAAGCACACCACGCAAGAACUCGCCUGCAAAGACACCCCACAGCCACAAGACCAUGUCUUCGGAAGAUUCAACCAACACAACUGGAACAGUACGCAUCUCACGUGUGCAGCCAAGCCCAACCAAGAGAUUUACUAUCCAUGCGAUACCCAUGACUGCUCAAAGUCGCCAACUCUCUGCUGGUUCUAUCGGCAGCGCUGCCAACAGCUUGAUAGCUGAGGCUACGCAGGAGCUCGUGCUGCCAGGAGGACUAUCCAGCCCGAGUCGCCUAAGGGGAAGACAGUGGGAGCCACAGGAGCAUACGAGUCCGCAAAAGCAGAACCCUCCAAAGACAACUACUAAGGAGGAUAGUCCUGAUAGACGAGCGUCCCAAGACAGCGAAGCAUCGAGUUCGCUCUCGACAUUGUACAGCGCCAAUGAAUCCGAGGAAAAGGAUCAGCCUGACCCUUUCGUCGAGAAGAGGAUCCCCGGAGUUCAGAGCUCAGAGAGUAGAGGGUCGUUGUUUGGACCACGGGUAUCGCACAAACGGGGUAGGAAUCUGAGUAUAUCUAUCCCAGGCGGACAGAGCAUCUUCAACACACAAGGACAACUUAGGCCUUCGUUUGUGAGUACACAAGCGGUUGGAGGACCUCCUAUCUCUACGUACCUGCAACCACCACCGGAACGAUUCCAGCGUAACGAUAGCUACCAUGCUCGCGAUAAGGAGGGAAUCGCUCUGGCAUUCCCUGUUAGCAACUCAUACACCAGCAUCUUGACGCCCUCUGUGACCACCGAUGGGGACAGCACUUUAUCUCUCGGUAAUCUGAUGAGCGAGAGUCCCAAGCCUGAGGUUCCUGACCGUAUAAGGCCGUUGCGUCAGGAGAAUAGGCACAGCGUGGCGACAGAACCAAGUCCAUCGACAAUGAACUCUUCACCUUUUGACGAGCAAGACAUGCUAUCGCUCUUGUUGGGCACGGCACCGAAACGAGCACUGCCUGAACCACCAAAGCAUAUCGCUCAAGUAGAUCACAUUGCCAUGCCAAAGCCAGUUUCGCCAAUGCCGAGACAGGAAUUCUCACAAAAUUUGCGACAGAUGUCGUCGGCAGCAAACACUAUAUAUCGUGACGAGCUUCCAGUGGACGAUCCUAGUGCAAUCUCUACAGGAUCACCGCUCCGACGUUCACUUUCACGCUCUAAGAAGGAUAUGCCACACCUCACUCCACCGGCGAUGGCAAGCUUGGGAUCCCUCGGGAACUCCAUCAUGGAACUUAGGAGGAUGAACAGCAUGGUUAGUUCUUACAGCGCCAACUCUCUGGCGUCUUCAGUCAACGAGCCCGACUCACCGACGCUGCCUAUGUUGAACCUGACGAGCAGCUUCUCGCGAAGGGGCGCAAACCCUGCGACUCCCAGAACGAGCACUUCUGGUCGUCAAAACUACCUCAACCUUGCAAGUCCCAACAAGAGCGCCUCGGGAUCAGCUGUGCCGCCUAUGCCAACGCGACCACUCCCGCAAAGUCGCAGCGGUCGCUCGAACUUGGGUGUCGAGAUUCGUGAAGAUGACAUCGAUGUAGGAAAAGAGAACCAGGAACCGUUGUCGCUGUCAAGCGGGCUACGAGAGACGCGCAGGAGCGUGAACCAGGGAUGGGAUACUCGCGACUCGAGCAGAGGGUCGAGCAAGACCAAACUUGGAACUGUGAGCGAGCUUGUUGCUGAGAAUAAGCGUGAGAGCAAAAGAAUGAGUGCCGAGUCGACGGGUUUAUAUGACAAGGAUGGGUUUCUGAGAAGCUCGCCUAUUGCAGCCGCGCGAGAGACGAAGGGGCGAAGUCUACGCAUGUAG